CUCAAUUUUACUUCCUUAUUCUUUUUCCACGAAAUAUGGAUCGAAACUUAGUUUCGAGUUUUAUACCCUCUUUUAGUCUUGCACCACUGUUUUGUUAUUUUCUGAUCUAAGUAAAUGUCUAAAUUCUAUCGAAAAAAUGUGAUUCUAUUUUUUAAAAAACAAGUAUAAAAUUUUAAUAGCUAAAAUGAACAUAAAAAUGGAUGGUAAAAGUGCUCUUGAUUAUUUUUCAACAUUCAGUCGUGCAAGUCUUGGAAUGUUAGGUGUAUGGCCUGAACCUACACGUAAAAAUGAAAAUUUAUCAAAAUUUUUGUUUAUUAUAACAUUUACAUUUACAUUUUUAAGUGCAGUUUUACCACAAGCGAUAAGAUUAAUUCAAAUUUGGGGUAAUUUAGAUCUUAUAAGUCAAAUUUUGUCAACUGCAGAAUUACCAUUUACUGUGGCUUUAAUCAAGAUGAUUGUUCUAUUAUAUAAUAAAGAAAAAAUGUCAAAUCUUCUAUUAUCCUUCAUUAAUAAUUGGAAUAAGACAAUUAAUUGUCAACAUUUAAAUAUCAUGUUGAAAGCUGGAAAAUCAGGAAGAAAAAUAUCAUUUCUAUGCAUUUUUAUGGGUCUUUUAACUGUUCAUGCGCGUAUUCCACAAAUUUUAUUUCUCAAUUUUGACAUAUGGAGGAGAAAUGAUGUUGACGCAAAUUUUACAUUAUAUAUUGAAGCCUAUUUUCCAUAUGAUUGGAAUUAUAGUCCAGUUUUUGAAAUAACUUGUUUUAUUCAAUAUGUUGGUACAUUUUUGGCAACAGUUGCAUAUACAGGAACUGAUGGUUUUUUUAGUCAAAUUGCCUAUCAUCUAUCUGGACAAUAUCAUAUUUUACGUCUAAGGCUUUUAGAUCUUGUUAAUAAAACAGAAAAUAUUAAAUCUUGGAUUGAAUUUGAUAAUCAACUCAAUGGCAUCAUUCAAAAUCACGAACACAUCAACAGAUGCAUCCAAAUUCUAGAAAGUACAUUUAAUUUCAUGUUCGUCGUACAAUUAUUGGCUUGUAGUCUUCAAUUUUGUGUUCAAGGAUAUGUUCUUAUUUUGUAUACAACAAGAGAAAGUACAAAAUCAGUUUUAUUUGAUGUCUCAUUUAUUGUAACGUAUCUCAUUUAUCAAAUUGGAAAUUUUUAUAUAUAUUGCUACUUGGCAGAAAUGCUACAAAGUGAGAGUUUGAAAUUUGCCCAAUCUGCCUAUAACUGUCAGUGGUAUAAAUUACCUCCUAAAAAAGUUAAAUUUCUACUAUUUAUUAUGCAACGAGGAAGAAAACCAGUUGCAAUAACUGCGGGAAAAUUUUGUGUUCUUAACUUGGCACUAUUUGGAAGGAUUCUCAGAACAUCCCUUGGAUAUUUGUCAGUACUAAUAACAAUGAAUAAGCGAACUUAAGAAUUUUAUUCAUAAACUAUCUCAAAAUACAUAAUGGAAUCAACAUCAAGUGGAAAAUUCGUGAAUAAUUAAAUAAAAAAGUGAAAAAAAACAAACAAAAAAAUAGA